AUGCCGCUUCUGAACAUCCUACAGCAGAUCAAGCGGAAGGGCCAAAUCCAGCAUAAUGUGGCUCCUUCACUAGUCCAGUCCAAUCAAACACUGCAGUCACGGCCAGGUGCAUCCAGACCUAGUGCAGCACCAGCAGACCGUCCGGUCGACCCAGUUGUGGCAAGGCUAAAAGCGGCUCGUAAAGCAGAAAGAGAAAAGAAAGAAGCCGAAGCACGUGCUAAAAAGGGUCAAGCUCCAAAGAAAGAGACGAAACCAAGGGCGCCAAAACCUAGUCUGCGGCUGAGUGCUCCACCUAGAGAUAAGUCCAGAAGCCCCAUGGUCGCUCCGCCUCCUGCUGCGAGGGAGAAGAAACCAAAAGUUUCGUUUUCGCAGCUCAUGAAGAAAGCAUCUCUGAUCGACCAGAGCAAGAUGUCUAUUCAGUUCAAGUCCAAAACAAAGUCCCCAGAGCCUAGAACCGAAAGAAGAAAGGCCGAGCCCAAGCCUAGAGCUGCCAACGAUGUACAUAGGGACAGGAGGCCCAAUUCAGUGCCCAGGGAGAAGCCUCGUGCACCUCCAAAGGAGCCUACUAACAAAGCUAGAGUACCGAUUCCCGCGAGACGGCCAAACUCCAAGCUUGAAGAAAGACUUCAGCAAAAGAAGCCCAAGAGCCAGGGUUACGAUGACGAGGAAGACGACGACUCCGACAUGGGCUCGUUCAUUGCUUCUGACGAGGAGGAAGAGGUGCCGCAGGAUUACGACCGAGAUGAGAUUUGGGCCAUGUUCAACAAGGGUCGCACGCGGCGCUUCGACUACGAUGAUGAUUCCGACGACAUGGAGGCUACCGGCGCUGAGAUCUUUGAAGAAGAGGCUCGUUCGAAGAAGAGAGCGUUGGAGGAGGACCGUAGAGAGAUGGAGGAGGAGCAGCGUCUCGCUGAGCUCAAGAGGCGGCGCAAAAUGAAGACGUCGUAG